GCGUCUUGUGAUUCCCCUCAAAGAUAGUUUUUAGCUGUAGUAUGGGUGCGUUUCAAAAAACCGUAUACUACCUUUAUACGCGCGCUACCUUAAGUGUACACUUAUAGACUUACACUACAUACCUAGUGCACUUUGUUUUCUAUACGGAGCUGUUUGGCACUCGGCCCGUGUUUACUCCAAGAUGACGGAACACAGCACUUCACCGGAGGAUCCGUGGCACAAACAGACAGACACGGCUUUUAAUGACAGCUUUGACCACAAUUUCUUUGCAGAAAGUGCUCGCAAGGGAUCAGUGGUCUCCAGGGCCAACAGUAUCGGAUCCACCAGUGCUUCCUCCGUACCUAAUACAGAUGACGAAGACAGCGACUACAAACACGAGCCCAAGGGCUCGUAUAAAGAUCGCAGGAGACAAGCGCACACUCAGGCCGAGCAGAAGCGCCGAGACGCUAUCAAGAAAGGCUACGACGACCUGCAGUCCAUCGUACCCACCUGCCAGCAGCAGUCUGAGUUCGCCAUGGCCGCACAGAAGAUCAGCAAAGCCACGGUGUUGCAGAAAACCAUAGACUACAUUCAGUUUCUUCAUAAAGAGAAGAAGAAGCAAGAAGAGGAAGUGUCCAUGCUGAGGAAGGAAGUGAUGGCGCUGAAGAUUAUGAAAACGAACUACGAGCAGAUCGUGAAGGCUCACCAGAACAACCCUCAGCAGGGCAGCGAGCAGGUGUCUGAUCAGGUGAAGUUCAGCGUGUUUCAGAACAUCAUGGAUUCUCUGUUCCAGUCUUUCAUCACCUCGGUGUCCGUCAGCAGCUUCCAGGAGCUCUCGGCCUGCGUCUUCAGCUGGAUCGAGGAGCACUGCAAGCCACAGACGCUGAGGGAGUUUGUGGUGGGAGUCCUGAGGCAGCUGAACAGCCAGCUGUAUUAAUGCACUGGAGAUCUCUCAUACUCAGGACAUGAUGUUCACAAGCUUCGGGUUGCUGUACUUCUAACCGUCACUACCAAAAGCACAGAUUAUUAUUAUUAUUAUUCAUUUGAUCAUCACAUGGCCUCAAGUGCCUGUCACACAAUGACAAAUGUGCCGUGACUCAAAUCUAAUUCUUCGAACGCAGAGGAUUGAUUCGAAUUAAAGGUUGCGUUUGUGCAACAAAAUCCAGCCACGUGGACCGGGGUGUGUUCCAGCUCGGUAGACGAACCGGUGAUUACAAGAAGUCGUGAAAAGUGUUUCGGCCGUCCUGAUUUUAUACACGUCACAACGUUCAGUCGCAUGCUUGACGUGUUUUCGCGUUUAUUCGCAUCAUCCAAAUCCCAGGUAUUACUGAAGCACAAUCCAGCCUGAGCUCUGAACUCGGUACACUAGAAGUGAUUUUCUUAGCACUUUUAUCUGUCUGAUAUAUGCUGAUGAAGCAUCACCUCCUGAUGACAUCAUAUCCCAAACAUGAUCUGGAGCCUGAUCACAUAUCUGGGCUACUUUCCAGUCCGAUCUUAAACACUACACAAGCUUUUUUUUUUUUUGGCCCAAUUUUAUGGUUGUGAUAAAUCAGUUUUAGACCAGAGACGUUUGCAUAUUAAACUUCGUCGUGUUUGGCUCCGAGCUCCCUGCGGCUUUCCGACAGUCCUGGCGUUUGAGCUCACAGCCCUCUGGUCUGGUCUGUCUGCCCCAUUUAUUUUAGAUCUGCUCACGUAGUGUAUUCAGAGGGUCUUUGCUACGUACAACAGACGCGAUCCACCGAGACUCCAGAACCUUCUGAAGUAUUUAAGUAGUCUGGAUCAUCCAGAAUGUGGAGAUCAGGAAACCUUUCUGGAAGAGAUCUGAACUUUUCAAAUGGAAAAUUCAGGAAAACAUUCAUUCGUUCGUAGUGAAUCAGAUACGUGAACUCCAGAAUCUGGUGAGUUUCAAAACGGGACCUACAUUGGACAACCUUGGAUCUCUGGAUGAUCCUCAAACGAGAGCUUUAGUACCUUGCCAAAGGAGAGGUCUGUAACCUUCCUGACAGGGAGCUCUGGAACAUCUUCCCAGAUAUUCUCAUCUUUAUUGCGAACACUACUUGUGAAAAUAGUCAGGUGGUGGUGUUUUAUUUUUUUUUUGGUUGGUUGUUGUUUUGGCAAAAUCGCCGACAUCCUGUGAUGGAAAUAUCUCAUGCUGUAGUUUCUCCUUUUUAGAUCAGAGCUCGUUGAAUCUCCUCAGCUUUGAAACAGCCACCAAGUACAGUUUAUAAUGGCAGCGCUGUUUACACGGCUUUAAUACACCGUGUGGCUCCUGGAAAGAGGAAGUGCAGGUCACGACGCGCCACACGACCGAGCUGACGUAUCUAUCGCUGCCUAACACACCCCAGUUCCACGUGUUGUUUUUUUUUUCAGCAACUCUUUCAACUAAUGCAAUAAUGUCAGUGUUUAUUGCGCCUGUAAACCGUUUUUUUGUGUGUGUGUGUGUGUGUGUGUGUUUUCUUGCUUACCUCUGAAUCAGACUAUCAGUCCAGUCUACGGGUGUGAUCUGGAGAAUGUGAUCUAUACCGAGUGACACGCUAAACUAUUCUGUUUUCUCUGUUACCUCAUCUUCACAUCCCAAAGCACAACUUUCUUUACAGAGCCAUGUUUCCAAGCGAGACCAAACGUAGCGAGAAGUACUAAUCCCCGAAUGUUGUGUUGUUGUUUUUUUUUAAAUGAUUGUGAACUGUGAAAAAACCAUGAGCACACCGAUUGCUUAUUGAGGGGGUGGGGGGUGGGUUGUUAUCAGAGCAACCAUUCUAGAUGAGAAUUCCUGUGUUAUACUUUAUGUCCUUUAGAACUGUGUUUUGCAUCACCCAUAAUUUAGUAAAACGUUUUUGGGAUUAAAUCUCAUUCUUAAGUGUGAAAAAACAGACUAUAAAAUUUCUUUGGAGAGAAAAAAAAAGUGUUAUGACAUCAUAGAUUAAGAGCCAAUCAAGUGCUAGUAUGCAAAUCAGGUUACACACGGGCAGUUUUUUUUUUUUAGACAAAAUGGUCAUUUCAAGCUAUUUAUUAUUCAAUUGAAAGAAAAAAACUGUAUACAACAUUUGUGUAACUCAAAAUGUACUCGUCCUCAUUUUAUUCAGUACAAAGACAUUUUAAUUUUUUUAUUUUUUUUUUACAUACAAGGUUUAAGCUCGAUCGUAGACGAAAGCCGUAUCCGACUCUGACUAAAAUCAAAGGAGGAAAAGUUCUCAGGAAAGCAGGACUUCUCUGUACAUUCAGGACUAAGUCUUAGUAAAAGAUUGUUGUCCAAUCAGCGCUGUGCUGAAGAUAAAGGGACUCUUUCUGUCUUUAGCCAUAUCGUGGACUCGCCACACGAUCGCAGCUCAAUGCAUCACAGACUCUGUGCUUUAAAAUCUCUGCUGCUGCUCAGAACCAGAGAAUAUUCUCGGUCAGAUUAUUUUUGUAUAAACAUAAAUGCUGUUUGUAAUCAGGAAAAAUAAACGUUUAAUGUUGACUUCA